AUGAAGGGACCAACGCUCGCCGCCUUCGCGCUGCUUCUGGUCUUCUCCGAUAUAUGCAACGGGGCGUACUACGGAAAACUUAUCGGAAAACUGUCCGAACUUCAUCACGGCCUCAGCGGCGAGGUGUACGCCGUGGAUGCCAGGACUCUCUACAUCAAGGACUUCACUUACGACGGCGAAGGACCCGCUGCCUAUUUCUACGCCGGGAGUACCAAAAGUCCCGGAAUCGGCGGGUUCAGGGUUCGAGACGAACGCGGCACAACCGAGGUCCUUAAGCGCUACAGGAAAAAGGACAUCACUCUGACGCUGCCCGAGGGCAAGACCCUCGACAACAUCAAGUGGUUCUCGGUCUGGUGCGACGAGUUUUCCGUGAAUUUCGGGGACGUGAGGAUACCGCGAGGCUUCGACUACCCCAGGCCUCGGAAACUGGCGGAGCUGAACGGCGUCCACGGGGUGAGCUCGGAGCCCGUCGUGCUGGUGGACGCGCAGACCCUCCUCAUCCCCGGCUUCAGCUACGACGGCGAGGCUCCGGACGCCAAGUUCUGGACCGGGUCCGGGCCGAGACCCUCGCCCCAGGGGAUCAGGGUGCCCGACGAGAACGGAAAGGAGCAGCCCCUCCGCAGGUACGAUCGCAAGACCAUCGUCCUGACGUUGCCCGGGGACCUGACCGUCCACCAGCUGGGACACUUUGGCGUCUGGUGCGAGGCCUUCGCCGUCGACUUCGGCCACGUGGAAAUUCCUCAGGGUCUCAACGUGCCGCCCUCUCUGAAGAUGCUCGGGGUCUCGCCCCAGUCGAAACUGAAUUGCGAGGUUCUGGAGGACAACUUGGCCUUCGAGGUGCGAUGGGCAGUGGCCGGGGACAGCAUCGUGGUCCAACUCGUCGGAAAACUCGAGACCAACGAGUACAUGGCUUUCGGUCUCUCCCCGGAUCCCGAGAAGAGCGUCAUGAUCGGGAGCGACGUCGCCGUCGCGUGGGUCGACAAGCGGACUCUUCAAGGAUAUGCCGUUGAUUACUUCCUCGACGCCAAAUCGCAGUGUUCCGGGACCCGGGGAAGCUGUCCCGACACCAGAAUACAGGAGAACACGAAUUCGGUGCGCCUCCUGAACGCUGCCAUGGUGAACGGGUACAGCAUCGUGACUUAUCAGAGACCCCUGAAAGCCAGCGAUCGACUGGACCUGCCGAUAAGGACGAACGGCUCCCAGGCCAUCGUCUGGGCGAUCGGACCCUUGAACGAGCGCGGAGAGGUCAGUUUCCACACGAGCUACCUGAAGAGCGACCGGUUGAUCGAGUUCGGUAGACCGCCCUCCUGGAACUGCCCGAUGCCCGACCAGGACCGCCCCGACGAGGGCGAAAAGCCCGCUCGCGUCCAGAGACUCGUGGUAACUACGAGACGUCCGAAACGAUUACAGGCAACCCCGGCUCCGGCCCCGAAGAACGACGCCUGGGAGAUCCCUCCCAUCCAGUGCUACGAACCCGAGGACGGAGUUUUCUACGCGCAGAUGGGCCCCACGGGAGGGAAGCACGGGUAUCCGGCGAUCACCGGCCACGUCGGUUGGGGCAUCUCCUGGUACAUCAACGGUCUCCUCAUCCCCGAAAUCCACGUGGUUCGUGGCAGGAAGUACACCUUCGUGGUCGAGGGUGGACAGGAUUCGGAGAUCCCGGCGCGUUAUCACCCCUUCUACGUCACCGACGACCCCGUUGGAGGUUUUCUGCACAAGACGCCGGAAGAGAAGGCCGCGGUGAAGGUCUUUGCCGGAGUUCGUCGCCAACGUGGAAACGUCAUACCCACUGGGGCAGGUCGAUUCUGUAACUGGAUGCCCGACCAGAGUCAGCCACUAGCCGACGAGUUCGCCUCCUUCGGGGCCUACCAGCGAACCCUGACCCUGGAGUGCGAACCCGGCGAACCGGGAAUCGUCGAGUGGACGCCGGACAACGAUACUCCCGACACGGUGUAUUAUCAGUGUUUCACCCAUCGAUACCUGGGCUGGAAGAUCCACGUGCACGACGACUGUCAAGCUCCAUCGGCGGCGGCCAGCGAGGUGCGGGAGACGUACGUCUUGGCGCCGAACUCCGACCUGGAGGGCAGCUUCAGCAUCCGAGUGCCAAGCAAGGUAACCGCGGAUCCGGAGUUCCCGCGACACCGGCAAGAAUACGCGAUGCAUCGGCCUCCCCCGCGGUACACUAACCUGGGUCAAGGGCCUCCCAAGCUAGGCUACCAUCCGCCACUAACCCGCUCGAAUCAGCCGUUCUCAUACGAUCGAGGCCAGUUCCUGCCUCCCGUUAACGAAGAGCACGACCGGAAGAGCCACCGUCUGGACCAGGAGCCGAAGUAUCACCGUCAUCCGCUUCAUAGGCACUACGAUGGGCCCUUUCGGUCCCACCGAGGCCCUUCGGCAUCCGCCAGCCAGCCCGUUUACAGCUAUAAGGUGACGGACACCAACUCCCGCGAGCCUAACCCUAACCACUCUAAACUCCUUCCAGAUCAUCACCGGGCAAUCAUGAGCCAGCUCGGGAAAUACUCUCUCCAGACUCAGAAGACGAUUCCAAGGAGGCCCUACGUGCAAAAGCGUCGCCCAGUGAUCGUGGCCAAGUUGGCGGACGGGACGGGUAAUCAGGGUCUCGCGUUGGGCCCGGAGUGGAAGAAGCCGAUUUUUGGUACACGUCCACCCUGGAUGUCGGGACCCCAGGGGCAGCCGGAGGUGUCCAGGCUCUGGGCCAAGAUGGACAGGGACGAGAACCAGCUGGAAAACGCGAGCUCGGGAGAGGGGAAGCCUCCAUUCGCCAGGAAUACAGGGUUCGACCCCAAGUCCGUCGUCAUCGAGGGCGGCUUCGAGCCCAUCAUCGGAGGCGAGGUCAGGGAGUCGAUGCAGGAGAGGAGCUCCAACGCGUCGAUAGAGACGGAGAAGACGGUGGACAGUUUUGAGCCCGUUUUCGUGCCCUCUCCCCCGGAUCGCGUCGUCGGGAGGAAGAGGCCCGUGAAGAAGGUCCAAUCCAGCAGGGGGAAGACGAGGCUGGACGAGCUGGAUGACAUGGAGACGGCUGCCGAUCGUCUGGACAGUAGGUAUCUUCCUCCCGGUGACUCCUCGGCGGAUGAACUUCCCGCUGGUACGUUCGUUACUUACGAUGGGAAGAGGGUCAGAGAUCCCGGUUUGGCCAGGUCCGCGUCGUCGAACCCGAAGAUCAGCGGGCAGAUCGCGACGUCCAGGUUCCCUCUGUCCUCUACCACGGCGGAUUUGCUUACCGGAACCCCUCGGUUUGGAAAGUUCAUGGGCGAGCUUCCUCCACCCGUGCCCGGAGACGUUCAGCCUGGGCAGAACCCUCAGCUCAGCCUCAAAGACUCCCAACGGCGUCGACUCCCCGCCUUCCCUCUACAACGGAACACUAAAUUACGGUUACUUAGUAGGUCCGAACGUUCGGCCGGAGAUGCGUACGAGAGGACCGAAUUCUCUGGAUCCGAUAAUUCGUCCUUACCUCGUGACCACGGUCUUCACCUUGAAGAACCCAACCAUCGUCCGCGCGACAUGGACUCCAUUAAAUCUCACGACUUUGUCCGAGGUGACCAGGAUCGGGACUCUUCUUCCAUAGCUGGAGCUGGCCAGAUCCUUCUGGCCAACUUGGAAUACGUAGUUUUAACCGCGAUCCUCUACUUUGCCAUCUGAUUCCUUUUUAAAAAAAAGGUCCGUCCCUCGAUGACGGUCGACGUAGAUCGAACCGGUCGUCCAUGAUGAUCCCGUCUUGUCCUCUUUUUCAUUCGGAAGCUUCUUCGGAUAUCCACGAGUCUUGCCUUCCCUGGGAUCCUUCGGUGAUGUCCUUUCUUUCAAGCAAUUUUU